GGAAAGGGUGGGACCGCAUCCAGCUCCUGACAGUUGCUGUCUUCUACUACCCAACUCCCGGCUCCCGAAGGCUAGUGGGACGGGGCCGGCGGUGGGCGAGGGAUGAGCGCGUGCUGGAACUAGUGAGUGAACGCGUCAGCGAUGGCCGGGGAAGCCGUCGCCGGCGUCAGGCCGAACGAGCCCCGGCAGGCCCGGCGGCGGCUGCUGUUGCUGCUGCUGCCCGGGAGGCGGUGGGGGACCUAUGGCGGCGGCUGUUUCCGGAGCCUCCACGGGUCGUCCGCCUUCCCGGAGGGUUUCCGAGGACUGCCUCCUAGCCCCUCGGUAGGCCUCGGCGGCCUGUCACGCGCCUCCCCGCUGAUGCUGCUCUUCCUCCUGCCCUCCCCUCGGCUCGUGGCGGCUGCGACCCCGCGCCGUCACCUUGGAGACUGGGAGCGCUCGCGCCGGAGGCCUCGCGAGACGUCCAGGAGCCGCAGCCUGAGCCGAGCGGAGGAGCCGGGCGCGCGCGCGUCUCCUCGCCUGCCCUCUCCGGGCGCCGCCGCCGCCCCGGGGGGGCUAGGCGGCGGUGGCCCGUCGCUGUGGUGCAAGUCGUACUUCGUCCCUAGCGUCGCCAGCCCCCUUCAUCAGUGCAGCUUCCCGGUGUUGGCUCCUGCGAGGAGAGAUCUGAGUAUUUCUGCUACGUCACAACAAGAAGUUAAAAAGUUACCUAUUUUCAACUCAUCAGGGAGUAAGAAACUGUACUUCGACACCCAUGCUGUGGUGCGUCUUCUGGAGGAAAAGGGGUUUACCACCCAACAAGCAGAAAUCAUUGUCUCUGCAUUAGUGAAGAUCAUGAACAACAACAUGGAUGUUGUCAACCAGGAUAUGGUCACCAAGGUGCAUCAGGAAAUCACUGUACAGCAGAUAAUGUCUCAGAUUGCUGGUGUCAAAAAGGAUAUGAUCAUUUUAGAAAAGAGUGAAUUUUCAACCCUCAGAGCAGAAAAUGAGAAAUUAAUGCUUGAAUUCAUGCAGUUAAAACAGCGAAUGGCGGAUGAAAUACUUAAAGUCCGGGCAGAUAAUAAAUUGGAUUUCAAUAUAGAAAAGAGCAGAGUCAAAGAAUUGUAUUCUCUGAAUGAAAGGAAGCUACUUGAAAUGAGAUCAGAAGUAUUAGCAUUGCAGGCACAACAACUCCGGGCUCUUACUCAGACAGACAGAAAGAUAGACACUGAAGUUGCUGGCCUGAAAACCAUGCUUGAAUCACACAAGCUUGAUAAUAUAAAAUAUUUAGCAGGUUCUAUAUUUACAUGCCUAACUGUAGCUCUGGGAUUUUAUCGUCUAUGGAUUUAAGUGUCUCCUUAAAGGGACCUGUAUUGUCUUGCCUUAAGAAUGUGAGGUUAUUACUUUUUCCUUGUUUCACAUUUUAACCCUGAUUUUUGAUUUUAUUUAUGUUUUUAUGCAAAUUAUGAUGUAUAACCAACUUUAAAGUGUCAGGAAAUCCAUUUUGUUGCUCUUUAUCUUUUUGAUAUGCUUUGAUCUUGCUGACAUAUUUUUGAGGAAGAUACCUCUAGCUGAAGUACUGAAGAACCCACUCACUUUGACCAAGGUGAUGUUCACCUUUCAUAUACUUACCCUUUAAGGAAUUUAUUAUUAAAAAGUCAUGGUAGGGGCAGCUAGGUGGCACAGUGGAUGGAGCACUGGCCCUGGAGUCAGGAGGACCUGAGUUUGGAUCUGGCCUCAGACACUUGACACUUACUGGCUGUGUGACCCUGGGCAAGUCACUUGGCCCCAAUUGCCUCACCAAAAAAAAAAAAGGUCAUGGUGGCUUUAUGAGUGACAAAGAAUCACAAACUAAUUAAUCCAAGACCACAAAAGUUCUUUUCCUCUUGACCCAAGUUUCUAGCAGCAAAUAGUGCACUGUAGCAGUGUGCUUUUAUUUCAAUGCAUUUUGUUGAAACCUGGGUUGAUUGCUAUGUUCACUAAAAAUUAAAUUAUUGUAGUAUUUUCUAUUUGUGACAUCCAGCCAGAAAAUCAUGUUGCCUGAUAAAAUGUGUUGGCCUAGCAUGGAAUCACUUCUACCUCUUGAAGUAUUCUGGGGUUUCUUUUUUUCUUCUUUCCCUAUCUAUCAGUGGAAUGACUUGGGAAACUGAUACUCUAUCAUUUUCUAGUGACCUUGAAAACUUGCUAGUGACAAACAUGGUGGUAUUGUAUUUCAAUUUUGCAUGACAGUCUCUUUCUUCCAUACUUUCAUCUACUUUGUACCGUGGAGAUAUUUGGUCUUGUUUCCAUGGUGACAUCUGCUCACCUAUCCCAGUAGAAAAAAAAACUGAUUGUUUAAUGGUUUUGUUCUCAUCUAUCACUAACUCAGUCUUGAGCUUUCAGGCCCAGAGACUCUUCCUACCCAAAUAUCAUCUUAGCUCAGACAUUUCAUCUAUUUUAGUCUGCCUCUUCAUUAAUGAUAAAAAACCCACCUUAAGUUUUGAAAUAGGGGGGCAGCUAGGUGGCACAGUGGAUAAAGCACCGGCCCUGGAUUCAGGAGUACCUGAGUUCAAAUCCGGCCUCAGACACUUGACACUUAGUAGCUGUGUGACCCUGGGCAAGUUACUUAACCCCCAUUGCCCUGCAAAAAAAAAAAAAGUUUUGAAAUGUAGUUCUAGUUUUAUCAUUUUUUUCAAGAGUAUAUAUAAUUUUUCUUUUUCAAGAAACUUUAGAAACAUUAGAGAAACUUUCUAUAUCCAAUUCAUUCAGAGUCCUAGUUUUAUAAAGCAUUUUCUUCUCCUUUCAGUUUUAUUUUAAUUCCUUGUGUGCAGAAUAAGUAUUUUAAUUUCAAGUGAAUUUUUGCAUUAGUGUAACAGUUCAGGACAAGUACUGUGAUGAAGUUAAAAAAAAAAAGUUAAGAUACUUAGUCAAAUUGUUAGCUAUGUAUUGGAAUUUUGCAUAUCAUAUAACCCCUCCAAAUAUACUUGAAAGCUCAGUCUUCUCCACCCACCCCCACAAAACCUUGGAUUUAUCUGUGGCAUUAGCAACCAAUAUAAUAAUUUAAUGUAUUUACUAAAUACACUAAAUUUAAAUACUCAGUGUUAAAUCUAAUAUUUAAUGUUGCUUUUUUCUGGUUGAGUGAAACAUCUUUAUUUUUUUCCCCAUUUGGAAAAGAUUUUCCAAAAAGGAUUGAAUAUUUUUAUUAUUGCUGUUAACUCUGGAGAGAGCAGUUCCAAUUGAAGAACAAGACCAGUUGCUAGACUGCAAAGACAAAAGGCUCAUAAUAUUAAUGCAGCAAUAAUGAUAGGUUGACUAAAUACGGCAUCCCAGCUAAGGAGUUUUUGUUUUAAUACCUAAUCAAAGAUUCCUUGUUGGCAUUUAAAGUCUUCACAGCUUCUUAGGGAGAAGAAUAAGGGUGUUUGUCAAAUAAUAUAUAUUAAAACACUACUGAUUGAUAUUCUGUUCCUCUUACUGAUAAAAAUAUAAUUUUAUAAUCACUUUAUAGUUCAUUUGGUGCUUUACUAUUAACACAAGAUAAUUUGCAAGAAUUAUUUCACCCUAAUUUGGAACCUUCUUGUUCCAAUAUUUUUUCCUUUCUUUAAGUAUUUUGUCCCUAAAUCUGAGGAUUAGGAAGGCUUGGAAAAUUUAUGUGCAUUAUUUGAUUUUUAAGAGCUUUCUAACCAAAAUGCCCUGCAAAAUCUUUUCUGCUGUAGGUUCAGGAAGCUACAGGAUGCAUAAGUGUACAGCCACCAAACAAGACAAAACCCUCCCUACCAAAAAAAUUGGAUUGUCAUUAUUUCAGAGAAUGGGAGUGGGGAGGUGGUGGGUAGGGAAUGGUAGAGUAAUAUUAUAGCACCUCUGAAUUGCAGUGUCUGGUCUCUCCACAUUAAAAAAUCUUGCUCUGAUUAGAUUUUGAAAAUAAAUCCCUUGAAAACAGCAGCGUAGAUGGUUUCUAGAAUCAGAGGUACAAUAUAAAACCAGACACCUAAAACAGGACAUCAGUUAAACAGUCAGGUUGUGCUUCCUUUUUGAUGUGGGAUGUUUGAGGACACUUCAGUCUUUAUUGAGGUAGCGGUGGGGGGUAGGACAGGUGCUUUUCCAGUCAUGCCUUUAAAAAUAGAGAUAUAAAACCAUUUCUUGCUUUUUUUAAUCUUCUGCUAAUAUGUCACCUUUUGGUGUAUUUUAGAGUGUUUCUCCUUUGGAAGCAUUGUUUCAGUUUAAAUGUCUGCUCUUUUUAUUAUCACAGCUAAGUUUCUACUCUAAUAUCUAGUAAAUGAGUCUGAAUAUCCAUUGUUUCCCUCAAGUGUUUUAAAGACCUCUUUUGAGAAACUAGUUGGAAGAGAGGGAUUUUACUGAAACUAAAAGUGUAGUUGGAAUCUGACAUUGAAGAUUUAAUAAAAGUAAAAUCCUGAAUGCUCUUUUCUAAGCAAUUGUGAAUAUCUCCAACUUUAACCUGGCUGCCCUUUCUUAUUACUACAGAAGAUAUUCUUUGCGCCUUGUUUCUAUACUUUGAUAAUUUCACAAAUCUGUUAUUUCAUUGCUGUGAGCUCUCAUUCCAGCAAUGGUAUAAAUGAACGUGUCUUACCUAAACUUUGUAUCUCACCUAAUACCUGGAACAGUGCUUUAUACACAGUAGCUGUGUAAUAAAUGUCGGUUGAAUUAUUUUUGUCAUGAUGUAUAGUACAUAUCUUUCUCAGUUUUCUAAUCUUUCCCCCCCAGCACUUCUGCCUUAUAAUUAACCAUGUUAGUAUUGACAAGUACCUCCAUUAUUAUUCUUUUGAGUCAAAUGAAACUCUGUUAUAAGAAUUUCUGUCAUCUUAUUUUUAAAACAUCUAAAAUGUUAUA